UAAACUGCUGCAGCAGCGCAAGCCCGGAGCAGCUCUGCUUCCGCGUCCCGGAGAGCUACUCUCCAGCGCCUCCGUCCUCGCUCCUGCUCCUGCCCGACUGUCGUAGCUGCGCACGUCUCAUUUUGCCUUCCUCAAACCUCCUGCACGCAGUUCCCCUCAAGCAUGAUCCUUACACCCCGGACAGCAUGGACAGUCCGAGUCCCAACGCGAUAGCCAGCGCCCCGGAGACGAGCGUCGACGUGCCGCUACCCGCGAGAUCGGCCCUACCGCAUCAGGAGGCCGGCAACAACAACAAGCUGCCCGAGCGAGCCGUCUCCCCGGCGCUGCUCAAGUCCAGGCUCGAGCUCAUCGCGAAGAACCGACGCAAGGACGGCUCCGCCUCGAACUCCAACUCCGACGUCGAGGAGGACGCCGAGGAGCAGUGGGCCGGCAGGAAGAGCAGGAGCAACAGCGACGUCUCCUGGCAGCGAUCGCACCUGCUCACGCGCGCCUGGCUCCAGGGCAAGGGCCAGCAGGCCUACCACUCGUUCUCCAGCAGUCUGCACAGGACCGAGGCCAAGCAGCCCGGGUUGGCUUCUAUAAUCUACCAGCAGCAGCAGCAGCAGCAGCAGGGCAUCAACAACGAGCUGGUCAUCCCGAGGAUAGCCAUCAUCAACGCCAGCAACUUCGAGAGCAACGCCAGCUCGGUGCACCUCUACGGCGAGGAGGCGAAGAAGGAGCAGUACCUGGACACCUGGUACACCAGCACCAGGACCAGGAGCCUCAGCGAGGCCGGCUCCAGUCAGGGCAGGUCGGCCACCGUCGAGGAGGAGAAGGAGGAGGAGCAAGCCGAGAAAGAGGUCGCGAGCGAGGAGAAGGUCGCCGACUCCAAGAACACCACCAGGAGCAACUCCAUCCAGAGCCAGGAGGCGAACGUCAGCCUGAAACUCAAGGCCUACAACAAGGUCACCGAGAGGUGCAAGAAGAACAUCGUCGGCAAGAAGAGCCGCUGCGAGAAGUGCUGCGUUAUCUCUUGAUAUACGCGCGUGUGAGAGUUAUACACUUAGGAGAGACGAUUUUUCUACUUCUUCGACGACCGCUACAUUCAUGAAUUUGCCAAGUGCCUGAUGUACAGCAAAGUAUUUUUACGGAGCAAGUUACGCGAGAACAAUUUCACGAAACGAUGAUAGACGCACGUAAAGAUUGUCUGUGUUAAUUGGACCAAACUGCCAAAGUUUUAAUCUUUAGAGAGUGCAAUGCAGUGUUGAAUGCGUUUAAUAUAUUCUCUUUUUAUAAAAGUGUUUGUACAAAUAUAUUAUAUAUUCGUUAUAGAUUAUAUUAAUCAUAGGUUUUUAAGACGUGAGAGCAUAAGUAAAUAUAUUCAUGUUGUUUGUGUAAAAGUUGAAGAAGAUAGAAGGCUUAUGUCAAAUUUUAUCGUGUAGAUCUUAGUAGUAUGCGACGUGUGAAAUAAAUUUUAUAAUUGAGUUCACUAUCUACCUCUUGAAUAAUUGUGUCAUUGAAUAUCGAUCGAUGAAUAAUUCGUUUUUAUAUGUUAUAGACUACACAAUAAUGCAAUAUUGUUCGAUUUAAAUUUACAGAUUGUAGCCACACGGUAUAGUGUUUCAGCGUGAUUGACUUAUUAUAAAUAUAUUAAAUCAUCAAAGCCCAUGUCGCUUAAUGAGACCAGGGUUAUUUUUGUAGGUGUAAAGCUGCAAUUUUCGCGUAUUAUAUGUUAAUAUUAUUAUUAAUUUUACUGUCUUUACAUGUACGACUGAUCAAGUAUCUGUGAAAAAAGCCAAUAUGCUUCCUUGUCGAGAGUUAAUCAUAUACGAAUGUAAGAAAGCAAGUUUAAUUCCACAAGUGUUGAAAAAUUUAUGCUCGACGAACUAUUUUAAUUGAAAAAUCGAAUAUAAGUAUAUACUCGACACUGGGCGCAUUUUCCUUGCUUUCCAGCAUCGACAAGCCAACGAUUCAAUAAUAAGUCUCGAUAAAAAUAAGACGAAUGAACUUUCUAGCUUUAAGAGCAUAAAAACGUCGAAUAAGGGUCCCCAUGCACACACCCGCAAACUUGUAACACACUCGUCCACGUAAUCCUCCCAGUCGAAUAUUCUCAGGCUGUACACAUUUUUAUGCGUAGUAGUCACGAAUGUAAUAUUGCGAAGCUGUAAAUAAACCAUAUAAGCCACACACAUAUCAUACCAAUAGAGAGAAACACACGCGAAGUUAUUAUAUUGUGCUGCAUGGGACACGCGUGCAUUGCCACGAUUGUUGUAUAUAUGCAUCGAACUACCUUAUACCGAAUUUAUAAUAUACAUAUACGUAAUGCAAUCCUUAAAUGUUUACAAAUAUAACCGCAUAUUUUUUCAUAAAA